GGGCUGUCCCCGGGCUGUCCCUGCCGGCCGCCGCCGCCGCUCCGCCCUUGCCGCCCGCCCGGACCGCGAGUCCCGAGCCCCGCUGACCGCUUCCAAGGGUGGCAGGUUUCCAGAGCCAGCUCCAGCGCACAUAGCAUAUAUUGAUUGCAUAUAUACAGAGAGAUGUAUAUAAAAGGCUACUUAUGCUGACCUCAUAAUGAGAAACGAGCCAAUUCCUGCUUGCAAAGGGACAGCUUUAUGUGCAGGCGCCGAUGCUGCUGUGCUGGCUGUGACAGACCCCGGCGGGGUGCGAAGGCUCCCGACCUCCCCAAAAGAAGAGACCGGCCCGGUGGUCCCUGGGCUCUGCACCAAGCCGCUCACCUGCAAGCACAGACCAUGCCCAGGCCCUGCCGAGGCUCCCGCGGCAGCGCGUCAGAUCCCAAGGAGGAAUACUUUUACAGAGAAAUCAGUGCUUGCCCAGCCAACAUUUGUUUUUGAAAAGAAGGACCGUUCUUUGAAGCGGCCAGCAGAAGACCCAGUUUGCAAAGCUGAAAAUGAUUUCAUUAGCUGUUCCAGAAAACGUGCAAGAUCAUCAUCUUUGACUUUCCAGAAGUCUAACUCUCAGCCUAACACUGAUACAGCUCUCACACAGCAAAGAGGGAGAUCAUCUUCAUUUAACAUCCUUUCUACUUUCCCUCCCUCCCAGACAGUAAAGAAGAACAACAUAUUCAUGAGCACAGCUCUUCUUCAAAGAAAUCCUGACAUUAUUAAAAGUGCAAGAGAAGGAUCCUUGUCACCAAGUCAUUUGUGGAAUGUCAUUAGACCUGCCACUUUACAGCCCCCACAAGCCCUGACCUGUCCUGAAAUUCCUGUAGUAUCUCUAAUGACAAAGAAAGAAGCAUGUGUUCAGCUAUCUGAAGACAGCUCUUAUUCAUCCACUGAGAAUUCAGUAAAUUCCAAAACAGCAGUGGGAUCAUCUAUUACCAUGAGUCUUUCCAGCUCUCAAAAAACACAAAGUCAGUUGCUCAAAGAAAGAAGUCUACAAAACAGUAGCAAUUCUGAUUUUGUGUUCGGGGAAAACAUGGUUGAAAGAGUUUUGGUUGGAUCUGCACAUACCGGGAGACUUUUUAUCAAGAGUCCUGAGAGGCAUCCCAGGCUGUGUAAUGAAGUUGAUUUACUCAAAGGAGAAAUAACAUUCAUGUCCACAGGAUCUUCUCAUGUCAGGCCACAAACAAAAAGACCUUUGUUGAGGAAUGCAACACUAAUUGAAUCAGCAGCUGCUUGUGUUUCCAAGCCAGUGGAGAAAAUUCUGUUAGAUAAAGUUGAAGUUAUAACUGGAGAAGAAGCAGAACAAAAUGUAUUGCAGAUUAACUGCAAGCUCUUUGUAUUUAAUAAGCUUUCUUUAAGUUGGACUGAAAGAGGCAGAGGAUCCCUGAGGCUUAAUGACACUUCUAACAAUAAGCAUGGAAUGUUGCAAUCAAGGCUAAUUAUGCGAAAUCAAGGUAGCUUGAGACUGAUUCUCAACACCCAACUCUGGGAACAAAUGGUUAUAAAAAGAGCAAACAGAAAGAGCCUGUGCUUCACUGCAACAGAUCAAGAGGACCAUUCUAUUCAAGUAUUUCUAACUCAGGCAAGCUCAAAAGACACUGAACACCUGUAUGCAGCAAUACAUCAUCGUCUUGUGGCCUUGCGAAGCUUUGCUGAGCAAGAGCCAGAUGCUCAUCAAGUAGACACAGAGUCAGAAACAGCUUUUCAGCCAUUAAACUGUGAUAGUGAUGAUGAAGAUGAUGAAGAACUAACUCAAGUGAGCAGCACUGGAUCUGAUCAUUCUAGAUGGAACCGCAGGCGGUCUGUUGUGUCUGUUGUCUGCUCAUGAUAUCUGCCAGAGGUUACAACAGCUCAGUUGGGAACUCAUCUUCCCAAAAUGUCUAAGCUGACUCAUCAAUCCCUGAAGGGAGGAAAUCAAAUGAAUAUUACUUUAUUACUUUUAAGUAGAGAUUAAUUUUAGAGACAGCUUAAAUUUAAUUCAAUGAGAAAGAACUUCAGAUGCACUAUUGAGGAUUCCGGGCAGCCUGCUUUUCAUUGAGCUGUGAAUAACACCGUGGCUUCCAAUAGUCAAGAACAGUUACAGAGACUUUCAAUUCUAGGACUAAAUAUAUUUAGAUACAUUAUUAGAGUAAGGAAUUUUAUAGGAAAUAAGUACUUGUUCAUCAUAUUGAUGGAUACUACCACAUAAGCAUGAACUAAUAAUAUAUGUGAACAGAUAUUUGUUACUUUUAAUCUAUUAUUUAAAAGAUACAUUUGGAAAGCUUUAAAUUUUGCUUCACUGAAAACAUUUAUUUAAAAUUUUGUGAUAACAUUCAGCAUCCUAUUUGUAAGUGCAUGCAAGCAAAACCUGGGGUAGUAGUUUAGCAAGACUAAGGCCUAUGGAAAACUAGGUUUUAUACAAGGGCUUUUAUUUAAUGUUUAUUUUGAAAAUAUCUGGAGUGGUAUACUUGCUGCAGAAUUUUGUUUAAGGGAGAAGAACCAUGAUCUGCAUCUUUCAGCUGUAUGCACCAAAAGAAUUCACCAUGAAGUAAAAGCCCAUUCUAAGGGCUGUGUGAGCUUUAAAAUGUAAACAUUAACAUCUUUCUACCUGAACAAAAAAAACACCUGCACUUGUGUAUACUAAUUGUCCAUUUGAUAUACACAAGUAAAUGCAUGCACAGUACAACAGGCUAUCUACAUUUUAAAUGUGUGAGAUUAUCUGAGAUUACUUCUGCCUUAGGUAUUGCUAUCCCUAACAGCAUCAUUCAUUUGAGUAUGUUACACAUGCUCAUGUGCACAAUAAUCCCAACAGUGGCCAAGACACUGUUGCUCUGUAAAAGUCAUUCCACAAACUAAUGCCUUCUACCUAAACAUUUUUGUGAGAAAAAAACUCCAAUUCACCUGUCAAUUGAGACAUGCAGGGUCAUGCAUAGUAACACAUGCCACUUAUGUUUCACGUUUUCAUUCUGUCAGAAAUAGAAUUUGUCUGCAAUCUCUCCACUGCCACUUCCCUGAUAUCCUGCAUAUUUGUCAUCUUCAGAGCUGAAACAAUGCUCUAAAAUAUCUCAAGUUCUUUUAAUUAAGAUAAUUGUAAUGAUUUCUCAAUCUAAAAAGCUGCAGCACACCUUAUCAGUCAAGUUACAAUUUAGUUUUCCCAUCUGAACAUGGUAUGAAGUUCCAACAAUACUAGUUUCUUCCUGAAUUCUCAGUGCACUGCCAAGAUUAGUAUCCAGAUGAAGCUGAAAUGUUGUCUGGAUUACACUGAAUGUAACAGCCCACCAAAAUUAGCACUGACAUUGAUUUAGCAUCUGGAUGACAGUACCUUUAAGUUGAAAUGGUUUUUUGCCUUCAGGAAAAAGAGAGUGCUUCCCAACAGAGCACCUGUGUCAAACAGUGAAGCAUGGGGGUUCUCUUUUACUCCAGUCUGCCAAUAACAAAAAUAUUGUUUCCAUAAUGAGCUGUACAUUGUGUCCUUCAUUACCAGCCUCACUCCUGACCACAUCACAUCACUGACCUUCAUAUUUCAUUGCUGCAGCUCAUCCUCAGGGACAAAGCUCCAUGUUAUAAAAACUCGGGCAGUUGUAAAACACAGCAGCCCUAUGUAUUUAGCAACAGGUCAUGGUGAUAUGUUUGUCCUGGAGUUCAGCUGGCUAUCCACUGAAUGCAGCGUUUGAUUUCAAAGUCUGUCCUGAUAAUAAAAGCUUUCUGUUUCUUUAAACAGGAUUUAAGCACCUUAGUGACACAACACCCCUCUAAAUUCUACUACAGCUGUAAAAUCCUUGGUAAAUGAGGGAGGUUUACAGGGCAGAGACAACAGAACUUUUUCAGAGACAGGACUUAAACUUUGUAUUUUGCUCCCACAGCAUACAGAACAAGGUUUAUAAAUAAAAGCUCUUUUGAUCUGGUUGAUAUCAAGGUUGAUGUUUAUCAAGGUUGAUAAAUAAAAGCUCUUCCCAAGAUCCUUACAUGUAUACAAGUAUACAUAUAAACACACACACUCAAAACAUAAAGCUUCAUCUCCUAAAAGGUGAGAAGGAAAAGAGAUGUUUAUUUUAAAGACAUUGGAUACUUUGGUAAUAGAGGAAAAAUUUUUUUGCUCUUAAGAACCUAAUUAUGUGUUCUCUUCAGUCUCACUGCACUAAAAUUCACUGUUCCUCAAGCCUGAAAGUACACCAUUAUGUAAUGUAUUAACUUGGUUUUAAAAAUGUAGUUUGUCAUUUUAUGACACCUGGAGAGCAAUUUCUGUGCCUCAGCAAUAAACAGUUUUAUUACCAGUUAAAUUUCUGUGUAACUAGGAGUCUUAUUUUAUGUCCCAGUUAUAGUUUCCAUGAGUUAGAGUUCCAUGCUGCAGAAUCUCAAGCCUGCUUUUCUAAGGAAACAAUAUGUAAGCAGUUGUGCAUGCCAUCCACCUGUCAGACCCACACUGAGUCCACUGUUCAGUUUCAAAGAAUUGCACAGCAGCUAGAAUGCUCUAAGACUAUUUAAAUUCUUCAUGAAGAUUGGCAGUUGCUGGGUGACAGAAAUCAGAGAAAGGCAUCCUUAGAGGAAAAAGUUUCAGGGUAAGCUUGCUAUUUUUCUGUGAUGCUAGUGGGCCUGAGUGGUGUUUUUCUGCUUCUGUACAAGCUGCAGCAUUUUCUGGGAGGGAGGAGAAACAGAGCAUGGAAGGGUGGGUCCCUUUAGCCUGAAGAGAGGUGUAGAGACAUGACCCAAACCCACAUGAAACUAGACAUGAUUAUUUUUUUCCAGAUAAAUUUCUAUCUAUUUCUGAGAAACCCCAGUGACGAUUUCAUAUACAUAAGGGAUGUAGAGCUGGAAGAUCUUAUAUAUUCAUACAGUAGUACUUUUCCCAAGGAGGGAAAACUAACAGUUCCUAAUAAUAAUAAUAUAUUCUACUAAGAUUAGGAACUUCUAGCAGAAUCUACUUGGAUGGGACAGACUGAAUGUCCUACUUUACAUUCUGGAGGCAUUUGUAGCUCUUCAUAAAUCUUGUCCCUCAGGUUUUUAUGUCAUGAUCUUUAGCAACCUCUGAAAUAGUUUUGGCAGACUGUAUAAAGUUAAGAGUUAGGUAAUAUAUCUACUGAAUAAAUAAAUACAGGAAAAACUUCUAGCACAUUUGCUUUCACUGCUAGUGACAUCCAUUAUGACAUGGACAGGGAGGGAAAGAGCAUCCUAAUUUCCCUUACAUGGGUUUUAGAGGCCUUACCACAGGGCCAUACUGGCAGGAAAACUUAGAAAAAGCAUGCACAGCCCAUUCUACAGCAGUUCUCUGUCUAAAAAGUGAACUUUAAAUCAGAACAGUUUGUGUUUCACAAACACUGAAGUUAUUAGUACAAAAUAAUAUGUCUGCAGCUUUUUGAGCUUAUUCAAAUUGCUUCUGAAAUGUUGAAGUCAAUUGUAUUAGACGAGGGAUGGUGUAGUUUGCUUUCCAUAAGCAAAGAGUGGGAAGAAAAGUAGAAAAGUAAAUCUCUGAUAAUUAAAAUAUGUUCUAAUGGAAAUGUGGACAAGCAAGCUUACUCCUCUCAUUGGUUUUGUGUAAAAAAAAAAUCAGUAGUUUGCAUUGAUAAGAACAGCUGUCACUUACAUGCUUUUCCUUAAGCUUCUUCCUUGAUAUUGUAAUUUGGUAUUUCUGAAACAAAUUACCAGGCAAAAUUACAUGACUCAACUAUGCAAUUAGUGAUGAGGGUAUAUAUGUUGCAAGCACAGUGCAAUCACAUGGAUAGGAUCUGGGAUCAGAAAUUCUAUCAGACUACACUUGCUAAUACGUUCAUCUACAUGCUUUGUAAGACUCUGAUGUGUCGCAUGAGUGACGGUCUCUAAGCGUUAGUCUGGAGUUUUCCUCUGGAUUAUCAGAAUUAACAGCUGCAGUCAGCUGGUCUCAAAAUCCCAGGACUUGGAUUUAUGAAAUGUUAUGGUGAUGGUGUGUUUACCUCCUCCCUGUGAUGCACCUAACACUGAUAGCACCAUUUUAGACACAAAUAAACCACAAUCAUUUUCCGUUACCAGUAGCACUGAGGGUCACAUAGAAUAAAUCUACACAAUGCAAAUAAUGGGAUAAGUUAAUGAUAUAUCAGUUAUUAAUUAAACUAUCACAAGAAGGCAUUAUUCCGAGACUUCAUGAAGGAAAUAGAAAUUAAUAGAAAUUGUAACUUCACUACAAGCAACAUAUACAUUCUUUUGGGUGGAAAUAGGCUACAUAUGGAGAUUAUCUUACAUAAAACAGCUGGCACAGGUGCGCAUUGCCAGUUUUGCAGCUAAUGAAAUUGUUUAGGGAAUAAUUUAUUGUUUAUGUAGAAAUUUUUCCAGUUACUUUGUUCACAGAAUAUUUUGUGUAUUACAUAGGUAUUUUUUAAAGUUCACAAUAUAACUUGAAGUAGAUAGAGCUAAGGAUGCCUGGUUUUCGAUGGAUGUGUGUCUUGAAAUUUACAUUGUGUAUUUUAACUCCUUAGUGUCUAAAAUGGGCAUUUCUCUGAAGCAUUUUUCUAACUUCAGGCAGUAUUGAGGCAUCUGUUUCCAUGAAGAAUUUUUAAGUACUUUAUGCCCAAAUCAAAGUUGGUUUUGGUCCGCCAGUGGUUCAAAAAGUUAUUACAGUGGGAAUUCACUCCCAGUCCAUAUUUGUGUUCUACAAGGAUACCAGGUUUAAAUACCUGUAUUUGUUUAAUUUUGCAUGAACGAAUCUGUCCCUUAAUCUACUGGGUAUAUUGUUUUAAAGUCAUUGAAAAUGGGGCAUGAAGACAUGUCAUAGAUCACAAACUGACAUAUAUCUCAAAAUAGGUAAAGGGUCAUUUGACAGAUACAUGUGUCUUCUUGCUGUAUAUCAGGUGUAUGUUCAAAUCAAGAAUUGUAGUGAGGGAGGGGUUAGUGUUUAAUUAACAUUUUGUAAGUAGGUUUAUUUAUAAAGCAACAUGCAAACUGUAAGAAAUAUUCAACAAACUGUAUUUUAUGUUAUAGAAAGUUUAAAUCCUUUUCUACAAAGACAUCUGACAAUCAGACAAUCUGUGUACCUGACAAGGAGCUUGCCUGUCAGAGACUUUAUUCUGGGAGGUAUGGAUUAAUCACUUCAUAGCCCAUGCUUCAGCAUUGUUUCCAGAACUUUAACAAUCUACUGAUUUGAAUUUACAUUUUUAAAUACAUAUUUCAUAUUUUAUGCAUAUAAGCUUGCUGUGGGAAUUCAAAAGACCCUAACAUGAUAAUUAUGAUUUCAGAAUAAAAUAUUGUUCCAUAUUCAAA